AUGGUUGAAGAGAAAGGAGCUUUGUUAUCUGACGCCCAUAAGCAAGGUAUUGCUACUAGUAUUGCUCGCAAAUUGAUUAAAGAUCCUCAGACUUUGUUGUUAGACGAGGCUAUAUCUGCUUUGGUUAUAAAGUAUGAGAGGGUCGUUCAGGCUUCUCUUAAUGAUCAGGCUGUGGUUCGUGAGCAAGUUGUCAAAGCAGUUUAG